GCUUAUUUUAAGGCUUCACCAGCAGUAGGGGGCGGUAACAUUAUGGUCUAGAUACAAAGGCGAGGAUCCCGUGAUCAGUAUUUACGGAAGUGCUUCUGAACUCAGUCUGUCUUGUUGUUAUUUCCUUAGAUACGUGGGGUAACGUUAUCACUCACCACCAAGAUAGCAGUGUCUGCUCAGCUCACUUCAUGUUAGCUUCAAAGGGACGUACGCUUACCUAGUGUUAGCUAGUAAAUUGUAGCAGGAACAACUAGCUAACAUAGCGAACUAGCUUGAAACUCGCAGAGGCAACAACUACCCGGUCUUUCAGUUUCUCUCCCGUGGUACAUGGUUGUCUUGUUAGUCCGGGUGUGUUUGGCGGUCAUGUGAAGUCUUUGCAAACGGUUAGUUAUAAAUUAGAUAUUGGGGUUAUCUCGCGGCCGUUUCUGGAAACGUUGACAAAAGCUAGCUACGCGCUAGCUUGCUAGCUUGACGUUGGCACCAUGGGAGCCGAACAGAGUGGAGAUGCGGAGCACAAACACUCCGAUUACAGCUCAUCGGUGGUGCCCUCCCCAGCAAAGCAGAAGGCAAAGAUGGAUGAUAUCGUUGUUGUGGCCCAGGGGACCCAGUCAAUGCGAAAUAUCCACAACGACCCAGAUGUCAUCAAGCUUCAGGAGAUACCAACUUUUCAGCCACUUUUAAAAGGCAACUUUUUAAGUCUUCCACCUGCUGACAUGAAUUAUAGUGUCAUCUUUCAGACCGACAGUUCAUUAGGAGUGCUGAGUGGCCAGACAUCACCCAGCAGUGUGUGUCUGGAAAGGCUGGAUACUGCGCAGGUUAUGCAGCUCUGCAUUCGCUACCAGGACCACCUACACCAGUGUGCCGAGGCCGUGGCCUUCGACCAGAACGCCCUGGUCAAGAGGAUCAAAGAGAUGGACUUGUCAGUGGAAACCUUGUUCAGCAUAAUGCAGGAGCGCCAGAAACGCUAUGCCAAAUACGCCGAGCAAAUCCAGAAGGUUAACGAGAUGUCCAUGAUCCUGAGACGCAUCCAGAUGGGCAUUGACCAGACGGUGCCGCUGAUGGAGCGCCUCAACAACAUGCUGCCUGAGAGCGAGCGCCUGGAGCCCUUCAGCAUGAGAUCUGAUGGGGAUUCUGCCACAAAGUAGCCUCCUGAAAGCCAACACAGCGGUCGCUUACCUGAGUCUUCAUCCAAUGUUGUGGCCAGGAAGAAAUGCAGGUCUGUCCAGCUGUAGGGAUUACCCAUUAAAUUUUUUUGUUAUCAUAGUUAGAGGUGGAGCUUAGGUGUAAAUGUGUUAGACUGCUAUAGUCAGCUCUCCAGUUCAGUUCUAUUUAUUCUUUUACUUAAUACAGGAAGUUUUGCUGCGCACACAUACUCUCAAUCAGCAACAUCAUACUUACUAUAACACUUUUACUCAGCACACACAUGUUCAUACCUGAGUUUAACCACAACCUUCUGCUACUGGCCACUGAGCAGCUAUACUAAAGCAAUUUAUGAAGUGCUGCAAUCAAAUGCAGUGGGCAUUGAAAUUAUUUCUCAUCCCCUCCUGGCAGGGAAACAAACUGGUAAUCUUCCAGGCACACAUUUAUUUAAGUAAUGUAAAUGCAGGGGAAGAACAAACACUUUUGAUUGAGUCAGAACUAACUCCAUAUGCUCCAAAACUUGCAGACGUGUUGCAGGUUUUAGAGACUCAAAUCGGUGUGAGUGACAUUAAAGUAUCUCAAAAUGUUUCCUACUGCUUUGGAGAUUCACACAAACUUCUCAAACAUCAGAGCUGGUCAAGAUCUUGCAGAGGAUUGAGUUAAAAUCAUGCACUUAACAUUACAAGUAUUUGUUGUUUGUCAUUCUAAUUUUCAUCUCGCUGUCACACCAUAUGCCUGGCUCACUAUUUGGAAAUCCCUUCCAUGAACUGCUGGCAUGCAGAUUGACUGCUUUUAAUUUCUGAACAAUGUCAUUGAAUCAUUUUGGAAUAUUAUGAUGAAGAGACUCAUGGAGAGAACCAAAACGGAUUAUUGCCACUGGAUUGCAAGGAGCAUGGAUGUACUGCACAUUGAAAGUAAAAUGAGAACCCCCUUCUUGGACAGAGGGUAGUUUAAAUAUUCUAAUGAACAGUUUUGUUGUAAGAAAACUUGAUUUUAAUUUAUUUGGAAACUUGCUAUUUUCAUGCAAAACAAUGAAGAAAAUGACAGAAAGGACCGAACAGAGACCCUGAAGCUUUAGGUUUUUCAGCAGAUUGGUACAGAAGAUCAAAACAGAGGUGGACUGAAACCGUUCUAGCAAGUUGCCCAUCACAGAGUUUCCUGCAGUGCAAUUUUAGUAUUAACUUGGUAUGUUUGUUAGUUCUGUCAUCACACAUGCCAAAUAUUCCCAAAUCCUUAAAGCUGGCACUUUAGAGUCGGUCAUAUCUUUGGUCUCUUUGAGGAAAGUGAUCAAGUUAACUUUACUGCUUUAUCUAUUGAAUAUUUGUUUCUGUAACAUACAUUUUGCUUGUUAGCCUUGAAGGGUAAAUUCAUCCAAGCUAUAUUAAACAAUACACAUUUUCUCUCUUACCUCUAGAGGUAUCUUUUGAUGUAGAUAAUUUUUUGUUAAUUUGUCCAGGUAUUUUCCAAGAUUUCUGCCACCACCACAAUUCAAUGGAGUUGACUGCCAUCUUAUUUCUUGUGCACAGAGCAAUAAAGAUAAAGACAUUAAUCAACAUCUUUGGAGAAAAAGUGUUUAUGUUACUUGGGAUAAUCCAAAAAACACAUGGAUAACAAUUUUUAAUAUGUACUAUUUUUUUAGGUAAAAGAUUAACCAGGACAUUUUUUCUGAAAGACAAACACAAUGACAUGCACAUUUGUUUUAUUUGGUGGCAGCAGUCUGAAAACCUGGCCAAAUAAAAUCAACUAUUUGCAUGGCUAAAUACCACUGAAGCCUAAUUUGGGUGACUACACACUUAAACUACAUUAUCAUUGGUCAGUUUGUGUGGCAAUAUAAAAUAACACCCCAUAAAGGUUUUACUAUUGAAGCAGUGUUUUUGUAUGGGCUUGUGUAAAUCCACCAGGUGGUGCCAGAGAUAAGUGGGGUCUGUGGCUUCAUAUUUUAAGAUUAAAAGUUCCUAAUCAGCUAUUUAACUGAGGAUUAAAGACAUUAAGGUUAUUGAGAACUUUUUUCUUUUACUUUUCAUAGACUAUAUGAUUAACCAAGAACGUAAUUGGGAGAUCCGUUGCAAUAGAAAACAACCAUUAGUUGCAGCCCUACAUUGCUCGCGGUUACAUUUGUUAUCUCUAACUGCUGUGCACCUGGAAAACUCACCGUGAGCUGUCAAGUUAUAAACAGUGGCACAAAUAUAUAUUUAACAGGGAUUUUAAUGCGUUCAAUUUGAUUAUAAUAACUUACUUUUUUUCAAACAUAACAUGCCCUUAAUGUAAGUGUCGCCUGACUUAACCUUGCGGCACCCAUAGCCAGUCCUUUAAAGCACCCAGAAUCACUGCUUUUCAAACUCAGUUUCUGUGAGACUUCUCUCCCCAGUCUGCGUUUUAAAAGCCUUUGUCAUUGUGCAUAAUACUGUUAUACACAAUUAGGAGUGCUAUUUUUGAUCAAUACGAGAAAAGAAACUAAGAAAUCCUGUGUUUGUGAUGCUCGCAACGUUACAGAAGCCUCAAAGAUGGUUGUAUGUAUCCUUUGAGGAUUAAAACAUGUAUGCAUCCAACCCAAAGAUCAAAUCCCAAUUAGGCAUUAAAGGAUUUUGGCCAGAAAGCUUACUGCUAAUGGUGAUUGGCUCCUCUCGGGAGUCAGUGGUGGGUGGUGUUAUUUUCCCAUGAGCCAUGUAGUCUGAUUAGAAUUGUUGUGUACGUUGUUGAAUUUUUUGUUGGUGUAUAAACAUGCUGAACUCAAUUACACCUACAAAAGCGUCCUCCUCCGGCUGGCUCGCUUUGAGGUACGGAAUUAGCCCAUUCGUUGACAUAAGGGACAUAAGACCGAAACAAGUUUUCUUCUAAAUUUAAAGCAGGACUCCUUUGAUAUGUUAUCGCCUUUCAUGUGUAAAUUAAAAUGGGUGAAAAAUGUCUUAAA